GAGUUGGAACUACAUGAUCCUUGAGGUCCCUUCCAACCCAGGUCAUUCUGUGAUGCUGUGAUUCUGUGUGGCCAUCGCCUGCUGGCGGUGCCUGUGCAGGAAGGGUGAAGAAGGCAGUUUGAAACCCAGGGUGGCAAAGCGCAGAGACGGUAUCAAGAGAGCUUUGUGUUUGCCCGUGCAAACCACAGAUUAGAAGCAGAUCAAUGUGUCACUGCGGAAAGCAUCCAGCGGCGACCGCCACGCCUUGGCUUGUGACACCUUGGCUUGUGGGGUUGGACUCGAUGAUCUCUAGAGGUCCCUUCCAACCCCUACAUUUCUGUGAUUCUGUGACACGAAGGCUUAGAGGGCAUGGUACCAAGUGUGCCGCAUACAGGUGGCUGGGCUUUGGCUCACAGCGUUGGCCCGUUGUCAGAGUUCAGUCCGAGCCCUGCGGGAGUCUCGUUUGUGUCUUUGGGCACACAGAAAUCACCUAGGGAGAUGCCAGGAGGAAGUGCUGCAGGCAGUGUGAGGGCAGCAGGGCCCAGUGUGUGCCGUCACUCAGGUGACAGGCUGUGUUGGGGGCACGGGCAGUGGGUGUGCAGUGAGCAGGGGACGUGCUGUGGCACAGAUACGUGCUUCUCAUAAGUAGGAAAGGAAAAUAAAGGAACCUCUCUAGUGACAGAUUGUCAUGAAACUCAAUUUUAAAGAAUGUUUCAAUCAGAAGGAAAAUUAAGCCCAUCUGGCACCCACUGUGGUCAGGCACAGCAAGCAACAUGUUUGGUCAAACGAGGCCUCAGACAUCCCAGCUGGUGGAGCUCCAUGUUUUUUUUGUCCCAGAGGAAGUGUGGAACUUCAAGCUGAAUACAGUUCCUGUGGCUCUUGCCAGCAAAUUCAUCUCAGCUGGGUUUAUAAGGGUGUCUCCUCACAUUACUCUAAGAAUGCUACGGGAGAAGCUUGGAGAGUACCUGGGUGGAGUUGCAGUUGCAGACAAAUUCCAGUUUUUAAAAUGCAUUGGGAAAAAGUUUGCAGUGGUGAAAGCAAAGCAAGAAGCAGAGCUAGAGCUGAAGUCAUUUGCUCCCCCUUAUGCACUGUAUCCUGAAUUAUAUUUAUUACCUCGAGUGGAAUAUUUUGAAGAUGUUGGUCCAUUAUCAUCAUCAACACAACAAAGACAUCGCUUUCAUGCAGAAACUGAUAGGUAUGGUCAUGGGUCAAGACUACCUCAUCUUCCCCAACAGAAAAAUGAAAGCAAAAAAAUUUUAGAAAGCAUACAGAGCAGUCAUCAGCUAGAAAAUCAGAAAGCGUGCAGUCCUGCAGAAUGGUCUGAGAAAGAAUCUCUUCCAGUAUUGCAUGUGAGUCAUGAGCAAGACCACAUCAGGAUGACAGAAACACAGACACAGUUCAGAGUGAAAGAUCAAAUUGAAUCUAAGGGAUCUCUCUUCACAUCAAGUCUUUUAAAUCCUGCAGAUCAAGGGACUGGAAGAAGCUGUAUAAUACAAAAGAACACCCAGCAAAGCCAUCUCAGCCAGGAUCCAAAAGAGCCUCAUGGUCCUAAGUGGAAUGACAAAGCCAAAGAAACUGCUCUUACUCUUCAUGGAAAUCACAGUGAUGAACAAGAUCAAAAUAAUCAAAUACAUCAAAAUCUAAUGACAUAUCCAAAAGAACCAAACACCAGACUAAUUACAGACAUGGAAAAUAAUGACCACCAGAAAGAUGUCAAACUGAGAGGAGACAGAACACAGCAUUCUGGAAUUCAUAAAACUCUGAAAGACCAAAGCACAGAAUACACACACAGAAACCAAAGGUUGCUGCAGUACCAAACUAGCAAGUCUGUAACUGUUCUUGCAUCUGGUGAAAACCAGGAUGAUCAGGCAAAUGAGAACAAGCAGAAUGAUCCUACUUGUCCGAAAGAAUAUACUUCUCCUAGUCUACCUCUUCUGGCAGUUUCUGUAAGCCCAGCUCAAGUUCCAGCAGUUCAGGCAGAAAAAAACACGAUGGUAGAACAAUUGGAACAAAUGAAGAAAGAUAGAAGGCACAUGGAAAAAAACAGAGAAGAACUGAUCAAAAAAGUGAAAACACUGCUGGAACAAAAUAAACUGAAAAGAUAUCAUGUUCGUGAAGAAUGGAAGAAGAAAUACUUUGAGACCAAGAAAGCUACAGCUUCACUGGAGGAUGUUUUAAGCAAACUGCAACAGGAUUUGGAGCUUUGCCACCAGAAAUUACUCUUGCAAUUAGAAGCCAGAGAUAGCCGAAAACAACCAAACAAUACAACAAACUUGAAGAAUAACAGAAUCAUCCAGAUUACAACACUGCAGCAUGAACUCGAUCAACUGAGAAGGAAGCUGGAUGAUACAAAAACGAAACUCGCAAUAGAAAUUAAGAUGAGAAAGCAGGCAAUAGCAGAUUUACGAGCCCUGAGAGCAGAACUGACACAGAAGAAGAUUCAUUCAGCUUUAAUUCUCCAGUCUGGGAAAUCUGGAAAUUAAGAGCAUGACUCAACAGUAAUGUUGAUAGAAGAUCAGAACUUCUAUAUUGUUUGUUUGUAUGUUCUUAAAGUUCUCUUGUAAAAAGACAUCAGCUAUGCAAGUGAUGUGGAAUUUGUACACUAGCCUACUAACAUACUGCAACUCACUUCUUUUUAAGUCUUGUUACUGAAAGGUUUAUCAGCUGUGUGAACCUACAGUUUAACCUAGUCAUGUGUCUAAAACAAAACUAUUUUAAGAGUGUAAAUCAGUGAAUUGUGACAUCAUAUCAGUAUGCUGAUGUUCUUUCAUACCUAGUAAGCUAAUAAACCUCUAAUCUAAA